AUGAAUGGUGUUAAAACAAAUGGAGAUUAUACUCCUCAAUUAUACCUUGACGCGGAAGAUAAAACUGAAGAAGCAUUAAGUAAAUUUGAAGAAUUAGAAGCAUGUACAUAUAAAAGAAAAGAUUUAGGAUCAUCUUCUAAAAUUAAUCCAAAUGAUAAGAAACCAAAAAGAAAAACAGAAUAUAUAACUUGUGAUUGUGAAGAAGAAUGGGAUAGUGAAUUACAAAAGAAUUUAGCAUGUGGAGAACAUUCAAAUUGUAUUAAUAGAAUUACUUCUGUUGAAUGUACAAAUAAACAUUGUUUAUGUGGCGAAGAUUGUCAAAAUCAAAGAUUUCAAAAAAGAGAAUAUGCAGAUGUGUCUGUUUUUCAAACUGAACUUAAAGGAUAUGGAUUAAGAGCAAAUUCAACUAUAAAUGAAGGUCAGUUUAUUUAUGAAUAUAUUGGAGAAGUUAUUGAUGAACCGACAUUCCGAAAUAAAAUGGUUGAAUACGAUGUAAAACAAUAUAAACAUUUUUAUUUCAUGAUGUUGAAAACUGAUUCAUUUAUAGAUGCUACUGAAAAGGGUUCAUUAGCAAGAUUUGUUAAUCAUUCAUGUAAUCCAAAUGCAUUUGUUGAUAAAUGGGUAGUUGGUGAUAAAUUAAGAAUGGGGAUUUUUUCAAAAAGAAAAAUAAUACCAGGAGAAGAAAUUACUUUUGAUUAUAAUGUUGAUAGAUAUGGAGCACAAUCACAACCAUGUUAUUGUGGUGAACCAAAUUGUCUUAAAUUUAUGGGUGGUAAAACUCAAACAGAUGCUGCAUUAUUAUUACCUGAAGGUUUUGCAGAAGCUUUAGGAGUUACUUCAAGAAUUGAAAAAGCUUGGUUAAAAGAAAAUAAACAUCUUAGAUCAAAAUAUCAAAAAGAUGAUUCUACAAUUAAUGAAAUGUUUAUACAAAGUUUAGAAAUUCAACCAAUGCAAGAAUAUGAUGUAUCUAAAGUUAUGGCUGCAUUAAUGAAAGCUCAACAACAAUCUAUCAUUCAAAAAUUAAUUGGAAGAAUGGAAUUAACUGAAGAUUCCUAUAUUAAUUCCUUAAUGGUUAAAUUUCAUGGACAUAAGACUUUGGCAGGAAUUUUACAAGAAACCAAUGAUGAAGAAUUAAUUACACUGAUAUUGAAUAUACUAUCGAAAUGGCCAGCUAAAACUAAAAAUAAAAUAUCAUCAUCACAAAUUGAAGAUGUCUUAAAAGAAAUACAAUCUAUUACAAGUAAUGAAGAUAUAAAAGAUUUAAUACAAGAAUUACUAGAUAAAUGGUCCGUAUUAGAAAUUGCUUAUAGAAUUCCAAAAGGUCAAAGUACAGAUAAUUCUUUGAUGGCUUCAUAUGGAAGAGUAUCAAGAUCACCUGAACAUCAACCAAAUAAUGAUUAUCAAUACCAACUGUCAGAUCUUCAAAACAAUGAUAAUCAACUAGACAGUCACAAUAAUGUUGAUCAACCGGAAAUAUAUGAUGGAUAUAGAUUACCAAGAAAUUGGAAAUCAACAUUUGAUAAUAAUUCUCGAAAAUAUUAUUUUUAUAACACUCAAACAAAAGAAACUACUUGGGAUUUACCAUUUGGUUCAAUACCGGUAAGACCAAAAUUACCAAUCGGACCAAGUGCAGAUCAAAAUUUACAACAACAACAACAACAACAACAACAACAAAUACAACAAAAUAAAUCAAAAUUUGAAUUAGAAAUUGCAAGAAGAGAAGAAGAACGAAUACAAGAAGAAAGAAAAUUAAAAGCUCAAGAAUUAAUUGAUAGGGAAUUACAAUUAAAAGCAUUAAUUGAAUUAGCUAAAUCAACACAAGUUGAAGAAACUAAAGAAAAAUCUAAACUGAAUGGACAUCAUCGUUCAUCUGAUCAUAAAAAAAGAGAUAAACAUAAAGAUCGUAAGAAAGAGCAUUCUUCAAGUCAUAAAAAAUCAUCACAUUCAUCACAUUCAUCAUCACUGUCAUCAUCAAAACCUAAAAAAGAAGUUUCAUUAGAACAACAAUGGAAACAUGUUUUAGCUAAACAUGUACCAAAUCUUAUAAAAUCUUUUGAAUCACAAAUUGGUAAAGAUAAUGUAAAAGGUUGUGCAAAAGAUCUUGUAAAUACUUUAGCCACAAAGGAAAUUAAACAAAAUAAUGAAAUUAAUUCAGUACCAAAAGAAUUAGAUAAACAUAAAUUAAAAAAGAUAAAACAAUAUUCUAAUUCUUAUAUGGAAAAAUUUUUAAUUAAAUAUAAAACUAAAAAAGAAAAUAAAAGAAAAGCUAAUGGUGGAAGUGUAGAUUCAAAUUCAAAUACAAAUGCUAAUACAAAUACAAAUACAAGUUAUGAUGAUGUUGAUGAUGAAAAUGAUACUUAUGAACCUGAAACUGUGGAAAAACAUGAUUUUAAAAAACAAAAAAUUGAAUAA